AGUGGCUACAGAAUAUCCAAAACGGCAUCCUAAAAAAGCGCCAGAGUUACCAAUCCUAGAGAGGAAAAACUGGUUGAUCUAUCUGCUGUAUGUUCGCAGAGACUACGACGAGUGCAAGGCUGUCAUCAAAGAGCAGCUCCAGGAGUCUCAUGGACUGUGCGAAUAUGCAGUCUACGUUCAAGACAUGUUCCAUUCUGAACCCUCGAAGCGCUGACAACCUGAAGCAGGUGGCACGAUCACUGUUUCUUUUGGGGAAGCACAAGGCAGCCAUUGAAGUGUACAACGAAGCGGCUAAACUCGAUGAAAAGGACUGGGAGAUCAGCCACAACCUGGGUGUGUGCUACAUGUACCUGAAACACUUCAACAAGGCACGAGACCAGCUAAACAAUGCCCUGGAGCUCAACAGACAUGAUCUGACUUACAUGAUGCUGGGGAAAAUUCACCUAUUGGAGGGGGAGAUGGAUAAAGCCAUUGAAGUCUAUAAGAAAGCCAUAGAGUUUUCUCCAGAAAACACAGACCUCCUUACAACACUGGGGUUACUUUACUUGCAGCUUGGGGAUUACCAGAAGGCUUUUGAACACCUUGGAAAUGCGCUUACUUACGACCCAGGCAACUACAAGGCUACCUUGGCGGCUGGCAGCAUGAUGCAGGCCCAUGGAGAUUUUGACGUUGCCCUCUCCAAAUACAGGCUGGUAGCCAGCACUGUGCCUGAAAGCCCCCCGCUGUGGAACAACAUUGGGAUGUGCUUCUUUGGGAAGAAGAAAUAUGUAGCAGCUAUCAGCUGCCUGAAGCGGGCAAACUACUUGGCUCCCUUUGACUGGAAGAUCUUGUACAAUUUGGGGUUAGUCCACCUCACGAUGCAGCAGUACGCAUCUGCUUUCCACUUCCUCAGCGCUGCCAUCAACUUCCAGCCCAAGAUGGGAGAGCUGUAUAUGCUCCUUGCAGUUGCUCUGACAAACCUUGAAGACAUCGAGAACGCAAAACGUUCCUAUGAGCAAGCUGUGGCACUGGACAAGUGCAACCCCCUCGUCAACCUGAACUAUGCUGUCCUGCUGUAUAACCAGGGCGACAAGAAGGGAGCCCUCAGCCAGUACCAGGAGAUGGAGAAGAAGGUCAAUGCAGUGAAGGAGAGCAGUACUCUUGACUUUGACCCUGAGAUGGUGGAGGUUGCCCAGAAGAUGGGAGCUGCCCUGCAGGUGGGGGAAAGCCUGGUCUGGACUAAGCCUUCUAAAGAGUCUAAAUCCAAGCAGAAAGCUGCUGCGUCAGGGAAAUCCUCCGGCACUCAGCAGCCUUUGGGCUCUAACCAGGCCCUGGGUCAAGCCAUGUCCUCAGCUGCGGGGUAUGGGAAAACCAUGCAGCUUCCCCCAGGUGCUGGAGCAUCAGCUCCGCUUGCAAAGCCUCCCUCGCUGCCUCUGGAACCAGAACCGGGCUCAGAAACGAGCCCCGAGGAGACCUCGGCACCAACGGGGGCUGAGGAACAGAGGAAAGAAAAGCACAAGAGCCGGCAGGCAGCGGACUAGGACGGACUCUGGUUGGGACAGGCAGGUGCAGGAGUAUCUCCAGCGCUGCCUGCUGACUUGUGGGGAAAGGGACCUGCCCUCCCCCCCGACCCACGGUGGCUUCACCCCACUGUCAGUUAGUCUAAAUGCAGCUGUUUUCUGUUAAUGAUUUUAGCACGUGGUCUCUACCUUGUCCCAAGGGGUCGUUGCAGCAAUCAGAAGAGGUUCCUGCGUAGCUACUGUUGGUGUGGUCACAGCUUACAAGAGACUGGAGGAUGGAGAUCCAUCUCUCCACAGGGUUGGCUUCAGUGUUUGCGUGUAAGUCCUCCAGAAGGAUGCUGAGGCAUCCAGUAUGUUUAGAAAAGCCAGCAGUAGUGACUUAGCAUCCUGGAUCCCAAAGAGGAUCAAACGCUUCCAGUGGCUGAGCUUGUAAGCGGCUGAGGAAGCCCUACGCAGGCUGUAGUAAGGUCAGUGGUAAUACGCUCGGAGAGGGGGUGAAGGUAGUGCCCCUCACCAGAGCAAGUGCAGAGCAGUAAGCCAGGCUCGGGACUAGCACGGCCUGGCUUACUGUGAAACAGGGGCUUGUCACUCCCGUUUCACAAGGGCAAGACUUUAUAAAGGCUUUCUCAAGGCUGAAAGGAGACUGAAACAGCUGGGAGCUGGUAUCCCUGAGCAGGGCAAUGUCACGGUCACAGAGCACGAGGGGCACUUUAAAGCCCACACUUUCCUUAGCGGUGGCAGUCGUGAAACGUGGGGGAGCUGCAUAGCAAAGGUGAGCUGCUUUGUCUUGAGGCGAUGGCUCCAUUAACACGCAGCCUGGGGGAGGAGGGAUGGCCGAAGCAGACCUGCUGCGCUGGGCUAACGGCACCGUGUGUUGGCCAGCCAGCUGAGCUGGCUUCUUUAGGACUGUUCAUCUUCUCAUCCCAGGAUCGCUCUUUGUAUUUCUUGAAUCUGACCUAUUUUUAAGCAUAAGCUGCCAUGUGGCAGCUAAGAAGGUUGCAAAGCUGGCCCACAGUAAGGCAAGUGCUCGGAGGCUGGCUAUUCUGGAAGCAGGCUAGCUGCAGCAGCAAAAAAGUCUGCCAAAUUCCUAAUUGUUUGCCGAGAAACAGGGUAGAUGAGCCUCAGUGAAGCUCUGCUCCUGUGAUUGGAGUUCUUCCUUGAGAAUUGUAUUGCCCAGCAUGGGGGGAAAGAUUGGUUUGCAGGAAAAAAAAAGAGCAAGCCUUUCCGGAAAAGACGAUACGGUCAGCUUCAAUGCUAAAUUUGAAUUGUUUUAGUACGACAGCAGCCGUGCUCUGAAUAAUUUAGUUAUGCCCUCCUUACAGUUGCAUUUUAGGAGAAAUCAUUUAUGCUAGCUGUGAGGGGGCAAAGCGGCCCAUUGGUGAGCAGAGCAAGGAAUUUUAAUGCCCAUGUGAUACUAGAGAUGCUUUGAAAGUUUCUAUCCUCAAACAGGAAAAUCUUAGUCUUCCUUUUCUCUGCUACUGUCGGUUUGUUGCCUCUGGGAUUUAUCCAGAGCUUGAUACAGCUCCUCAGAACAACUGCUUUUGGGAACUAAAGGUGGGAGCAUCACGCUUUACAUAAAGAACCAGUAACUGGGUUAAGCACAGUUUUUCUCAUCCUCCCCUCUGUGCCGAGAAGUACACAAAGCAGACGUUGCCGUGGGACUUCCGAUCCGAGUUUUCCAAACG